AUGGACUAUGACGAGGAUGAGUUGGACUAUAAUUCCCAAGAUGAGAUUGAUCAAUUUGAUGAAGACAAGUUAACGAACGAGGAAUAUGAUUUAUUAUAUGAGUUGUUACCACAAUUGAGAAAUAAAUUGAGAUCAUAUAAUGACGAGAUUCCAGAUCUUGAUUUGAAAGAAGCAUUAUAUAACAACUAUUUUGAACUUGAACCAUCAAUUGACGAAAUCAAAUCUAAAUUCAAAAGUAUGUAUCCAAUUGUUAUGAACACCUCUUCUUCAGAUGAUCAUCUUGAUAAUAAUUCGAUUCGUUCUAAAUGGCAAACGAGAAAAUCGGAAUAA